CAAAGCUUUAUUUCUCUUUCUCGCUUCUCUUCUCUCAAACGACGUCGUUUUGUGCUGAUUUUUCGACCUUCUAGUUCUGUCCCGGAUUCUCCAAAACAAAUAGAUGCAGAAACUGGGUUGAGGAGGAGGAGGAGGAAGGCAGGGGGAUUGCAAAGAUGCAUAGCCACUGCUGGCGCAGUAUAAAAGAGGAGUAUGGCCGGGCUGGAGGAUGCCUGGGCGAACGGCUGCCUCCCGAAUUGCUUCGGCUCGGAGGACGAGCUGGAGAUGAGGAGAAGGAGCAAAGGGAUCGACCAGAUGUUGGCCAAGGAGAGACCUUACUUGAGGAGGAUGGUGAAAAUCCUGCUGCUGGGAGCCGGCGAGAGCGGCAAGAGCACCUUCCUGAAGCAGAUGAGGAUCAUCCACGGUCAGGACUUCGACCGAAAGAGCCUGGAGGAAUUCCGGGACACGAUUUAUGGGAACGUUAUCACGGGAAUGCGAGUUCUGGUGGACGCCAGGGAGAAGCUGCGACUCCCCUGGCGGAACUGGGAGAACGAGAAACAUGGGCUGUUCCUGAUGACCUUUGAGAACAGUUGCAUCGGAAUUGUGGAAGGGCAUUUCCAGAGGAUUUUACCAGCUAUUCGGACCUUGUGGCAAGACCAGAGCAUCAAAGAGGCCUACAGGAGAAGGAAUGAGUUCCAGCUGGCUGAAUCAGUGGGGUACUUCCUGGAUAAUCUGGACCGCAUUGGCCAACUGAAUUAUCUUCCUACCAAACAAGACAUCCUCCUGGCCCGGAGGGCGACCAAGGGCAUCGUAGAGUAUGACUUCAUCAUCAAAGGCAUCCCAUUUAGGAUGAUGGAUGUGGGCGGGCAGCGCUCCCAGAGGCAGAAGUGGUUCCUGUGCUUUGAAGGCAUCACCUCCAUCCUCUUCAUGGUGUCGUCCAGCGAGUUUGACCAGGUCCUGAUGGAGGACCGGCGGACAAACCGCCUGGUGGAGUCGAUGAACAUCUUCGAGACCAUCGUGAACAACAAGCUCUUCGCCAGGGUCUCCAUCAUCCUUUUCCUGAACAAGACGGACCUGCUGGAGGCCAAGGUGAAGACGGUCAACAUCGAGAAGCACUUCCCUGACUUUGAAGGCCGGCCACACCACCUGGAGGACGUCCAGAAGUAUCUCCUGACGUGCUUCAACCGCAAGCGGAGGGAUCGCAGCCGGCCCCUCUUUCACCAUUUCACCACCGCCAUCGAUACAGAGAACAUCCGCUUUGUCUUCCAUGCUGUGAAGGACACGGUUCUGCAGGAGAACCUCAAUGACAUCAUGCUGCAGUGAGGUGAGGGACCAUCUACAGGCCUUGAGCGCCAAGGUCACAGUGAGGUCACAGCGAGGUCAACAGGACGUGACCUAAUGUCUGUAUUUGUUGAGGCAAACGAUGAUGUGAGGUAAAGAAAGGGAUAAACGAAACACGUAUUUAAUAUUUAAGACAUUCACUGUCUGACGUUUAAAGAUGUAUCGAAAAUGGCCCUGACGAUGAAUUUUUAUUCCUUUUCGAUUCACCCACCCACUUUCGCUGUCACCCCUGACAACAUUGACUCAUUUUCCUGGGUUUCAGCCAUACGCCAGGGAGUGUUUCUUGUUUGAAGCCCAAGCCUGGGCAGUGGAUGUCAGUGGACUAUUGAACUGAGGGGAGCAUCACCCGACCUGCAUACGCCUGCACCUUCUCGUAAGCGGACGCUUGAUAGCAGCAAGGUCCAGCAACUCUGAACGAUUAUCUUUCCGGCUCCCUUCCCAUCUGUAGCAUCUCAGUGAACUGAGCUUGGAGCAGGAUUGAACGUGGGCCCUCCUGGCUAGGUUUUGGUUCCUGUAGAGGGUUGGUGCAAUUUGGAGAGUCCUUGCCUUUUAACAUUUGUGGUUAACUGUUGACUGCUAAUAUUGCCUUGAUGGGAACAGGCUGGAGGGAGAGUCCUGAGUCUUGCACUGCUUCUCAUAUUCACUAUUUAAAAAAAAAAUAUUCAAAGAAGAUUCUCUUUAAAAAAAAGUAGAUGAAAAAGUGUAUUUCUGAUGCUAAUUAUUUGCAACUAUUUAAGGGAGGAACUCUGAUGGUGAGAUCUGCUCUUUAAGUCAUUGGCUCUUUUAUCCUUCCCAUAGGUGGGGAACGCCAUUGUGUAAUGGUGAUGUCACUGGCCUAGUAAUCCAGAGGCCCAGGUUAACGCUCUGGGGACAUGGGUUCAAAUCCCACCACGGCAGCUGGUGGAAUUUAAAUUCAAUUCGUAAGAUCUGGAAUUAUACAAAGCUUGUCUCUCAGUAAUGGUGACCAUGAGCUAUCAUCAGUUUCCACACAAACCCAUCUGGUUCACUCAUGCCCUUUAGGGAAGGAAAUCUGCUGUCCUUACCUGGUCUGGCCUACAUGUGACACCAGACGCACAGCAAUGUGGUUGACUCUUAACUGCCCUCACUCAGUUCAAAGACAAUUAGGGAUGGGCAACAAAUGCUGGCCUUGUCAGCGACACCCACAUCACAUCCAAGAAUAAAUCAAGAAUGUUUAUCCCCUUUGGGCUCCUGGUCUCUCCGUGCAGCCUCCUACUUCAGGGAGGAGCAUGGCAAGGCUGGCCAAUAGUCAGCCAUGGUUCAGUGUGUAGCAUUCUCAUCUCUGACUCAGAAAGCUCUGGCUUCAAGUCUCCCUCCAGGACUUGAGCACAAAUCAAGGGUGGAUGCUCCGGUGCCUGUAUUGCACUGCUUAGAGUUUCUGCCUGUUGGUUAGAACAUUAAGCCAAGGCUUCUUCUGACUUCUCACCUGGACAUUAAUGAUUCCAUAUUUCAAAGAAGGACAGGGGAGUUCUCCCCAGGGCCCUGGCUGAUAUUCAUCCUCAAUCAACAUUGCAAAAAACAGGUUAUCAUGUCAUUAUCAGGCUGCUGUUUGCUGUGUACAAAUUGGCUGCCACAUUCCCCACAUUCCAGGAGUUGACUGCACUUCAUAAAAGAAAAUGGGUUGCUGGCUGUAAUUUUGAAAUGACCGGUAUGUAAAUGCCAACUUCCUUUUUUCCCAUUUUAAUCAUAUCCCAACACCAUGUUGACUGGUGGUCCGAGUGUCUCAAUGAAUUGCUACAACAGUCUGCUGUUUGGGGGUGCUCCAUUUGCAAGGCUAGUACCCAUAAGCCCACACUUGCCAGUCACUGUUCCCCAGGCUGAAACAAGCACUCUUUCCUCAGCAGAUCCCCUUGUGCAUCCAUUGGAGCUUUUCAGUCUGCAGUCGGCGCUGAUAGAUUGGCAUCUCCUUCCAGACAGGUUUUCAUCGCUUUCUUCUAUUAAGCUAUUGAAUCUCUGUUUAAGAAAUAUAAUUCAAUACUAUUGGCCAAUCCUGCCAUACUCCUCCCUGAAGUAGGAGGUGUGAGAGCAGGAGGCUGCACUGAGAGAGACCAGGAGCCCUGGUAGCUGCCCUUCUCCAUCCUCGUCCUACUCAUGGUGCUUAUCCCACAAAAAGUUAAACAAGCCAAUGGUGGAAAGCUCAAUGUUAAUGCGAGUUAAGAAUGUUGUGAACUCACUUGGUCUUGCAACCCUCUCGAGGGCCCAUCGGCCAUUAGGUCAUUUAUAGUCGACAUGCAGUUAACCUGAUCAAGCCGGGACUUCUGGGACCCCUCGUGGCCCGAAAAUCCUGUUGCACUGAUCGUGAUAUUGUCCACACAAUAACUGGCCAAGUUUGUGCACAGAACCAUGAAGGAUAAUGGAUACCCAGGGAUGAGUUACAGGCUGGAGUCUGAGUGAGGGAUUCAGGUGGCUGUGGCUGAGUUGUUAGAGGGUGAGCCUAUUCAGAUGUGAGGGUUACUGCUUGUGAUGAUUGCACAAUGUUCAGCACCAUUCGCAACUCAAGUGUCAGGCAAUGACCAUCUCCAGCAAGAGAUAAGCUAAUCAUCGCCCCUUGACAUUCAAUGGCAUUACCAUCACUGAAUCGCCCACU